CUUUAAAAAUCAGUGUUUCUUUGUCAGUCUGUCCUGAUCUGAAUAACAGGGGUCGGUGGUGGGUGUGGUUACUUAGUUUGAGGUUAGAUGGUACAGGUUCAACCAGCAGUAAGUGUUGGGAUAGUAUACAGAGCAUUUAGAAAGUGGCAUCUGUCAUCCACUGUGUACCACUUGGAAAACAUAUCUGUUGUAUCCAGAUUUUAAGUUCUUCUGAACCCUAGAGUCGUAAGAAUGGGCAGGCCCCAGAUGUUCCCGACUCUGUCUGCCAUCCUGUGCGUCUCCCUGCUCCUCCCAUCCCUCCACUGUAACAACAACCUGCUGUGUUACUACAGUCCCAUCAUGUACCGGAACAAGACCUUUGACCUCAUCCUGUCAGAGUGCCCUCCUGCGGAACUCUGCAUGACAGGCAACGGUCGCUAUGGAAACCACAGCGCCCUCUCCGCCCGCGGGUGCAUGGCACCGACGGACUGCGGUCAGGCACACCCUCUCCCGCUGAAAGGAACUAUCUACACCAUGAUGUAUGCGUGCUGUGACUAUAACUACUGUAACGCAGGACACCGUGUUGCGGUUAAUUCGGUCCCCCUCAUGGUGGCAAUGAUGACUGUGCCUAUGCUGUUGUUGGAGCUGUAAUUCUCAAGCCUACUUUAAAAUCAUGUAAUUUUAGAUAGAGGAUGUGAUGAGUACUAGGAUUUGUUGGUUGAAUGGUUUAUCUACUGCUGCAUACCCAGUCUAACCAAACGGAGGCGUGCACCAACCUGGAGACCAAAGGGUUUUUACCAAAUAUAAUAAUGGGAGAUAUUGCAUUUGGCUCCUUUUUACAGAGAGAAGUUAUAUUUUUAUGAUUGUGAAAUAAAUGUUUUAUACACUAA